AUGCAAAAUGUGAAUAACCACAGUCUUCGGGCAAAUUUGGUGUUGGGUUAUGCAGUUGCAGCAGCAGCCGCGUUGAGUUUGUCAAACCCUUUUAUGCACCUCAAUAAAGGAAGCCAGAAAGACAAUGAUGAACCUGGGUGGGGUGACGAGUCUGUCAAAGCAGAUGAUAAAAAAACAUUAGAAAAGAAACCGGAAGAAAAUGCUAAAAAUCUUCGUGCAAAGUACCCUAGUAGUCAUGUGUUAAGGACUGCUUUUGCUCUGCAAUGUUUUGAACUUUCAACGAAUCCUGGGGAGUUUUGCUGUAAUAAUGCCUUACACUUAAAGACCAUGGAGGAAAUGUCCAAGCUGAGGAAGCAGCUUCUUCAACUGAUAUUUAGCUCAAAAGUUUCAGAUUGGCAAUCAGAAUUUGCAUGGAGUCAUGGGGAAAUCAGUGAUGUAGAAAGCGCGUGGAGGGACAAGGAUCCUCUGUUGGAUUGUCAAGAGGAGAAGAUUUUACGCCUAGCCAUCUUGGCCGGUUGGGCUGAUAGAGUUGCUAAGCGCACUGGAAAUUCGACAGAUGGAGAUAAAAAAGUUAAUGCAGUCCGAUAUCAAGCUUGCUCGGUGAAGGAAACGGUAUUCCUUCAUCCAGGGUCAUCUCUUUCCAAAUCCGCCCCCAAGUUCUUGGUGUAUUGUGAUCUUUUGUUUACUGAGAGGCCAUAUAUCCAUGGAGCCACCUGCAUUGAAGCAUCGUGGCUUGCGAAAUAUGCUCAAUCAAUGUGUAGUUUUUCUAAACCUCAUUCAAAUUAG